AGGAAUUAGUGAAGUAUUAUGAUUUGGACUCACUGAAAGAAAACGCUGAGGACAGAAGAGUGGUGAGUGAUUUAAGCCGGCCUUAAAAUUCAAGUUUUAUCUUUACAUGGGCAUAACAACCAUCCACAACACGAUUAAAGUUAAAUUCAAGAUAACCAUUUAAUAUUCUGAUGGAGAAUUAUUCUAUAUAGAAAAACGGUAUACACUAUACAUUACCUUGCAAGUGAACGUAUAGAAAAAAUUAAUCUUCCAUCCACUUCAGUAAAUGAUAUAUAUCAGUCGUUUCAUAUCCAGGUCUGUGAUUUUCGUAUUUGCAGCAUUUGAACGAAGAACAAGAAACACUGGAGUCAAGAAGAGAGACAUUGAAAGGACGUAAGUAAAUUGAAGUGAUUUCUUGUGUGUGUUACCAGGUUUGAUGUUUACUCAUUAUUAUAUUUUCCAAGGUGUUGGAGACAUGAGUGCAAAAUACGAAGCUUUAAAGAAUAAACUGAAUGAAAACGAAACUUACUCUCAGGUUAACUUAUAAAUCAAUGUUGUAGAUACGAAUGAGCCUGCCACGCAGGUUAUGCUGUAGAACGAUUGAAUUUUCAUGUAAAAAAAAUGCUUCAGUCAUAAAUACAAAAUUGUUUAUCUUUUAGCUGGCAAAUCUGGAACGAAAAUGGCAACAUCAUGAGCAGAAUAAUUUUGUAAUGAAAGAGUGUAUCCUUUUUUCCAAUUUCCGUUGUCGUCGUUGUGCAUUAUUUUCUGCUGUGUUUGUCGUUGCUAUUUGUCGUAAUUUUAUUGUAUUAUGUUGUUGUUGUUCUUGAUGUUGUUGUUGUUCUUGAUGUUGUUGUUGUAGUCGUUCCUGUUUUUGUGGUAGUUUUUCUUAGUCAUGAAUCUGUGUCCCAGUAGGUAGUGCCAACAAGGAGAACUUCGACGUUUCGAGCGAAGGGUCUUCGCUCGAAACGUCGAAUUUCUCCUUGUAUUUUUCAGUUAGUUGCAUCCCUAUCAACCGAAGUUUGUUAAGUUUUGUUAUCGCAGUUGCUUUUGUUCUUGCUGUUGCUGUUGCUGAUGCUGUUGUUGUUGUUGUUGUUGUUGUUGUUGUUGUUGUUGUUGUUGUUGUUGUUGUUGUUGUUGUUGUUGUUGUUGUUGUUGUUGUUGUUGUUGAUGCUGUUGCUGUUGCUGAUGUUGUUGUUGUUGUUGUUGUUGUUGUUGUUGCUGUUGCUGUUGCUGUUGCUGUCGCUGUCGUUGUCGUUGUCGUUGUCGUUGUCGUUGUCGUUGUCGUCGUUGUCGUUGUCGUUGUUCGGCUUUUGUUGCUGUUGUUAUAGUUUUUGUUGGUGCUGUUGUUUUCGUCUUUGUUGUUGUAACCUUGACAUAAAUUUCAGUUAUUGCUACGAAGAGCGUGGAAAGUGACUACAGGCCACUAAAAGAAAAAGUAACAAGUCAGCUGGAUGAAAUUAACAAAAUUGUCAUUGGAAACCUUGGCAAAUAGAUAAGCUAAACUUAAUCACUAUAUUGCGUUUAUUAUUUAUUGACUUGUAUGUACAUUAAGAUCAUUUGGGUUCACGACCUGUUUACCUUGUUAAUACAAAUACUGUAAAUAAACUAUAAAUUAUCAAGUUGCUAUAUCAUGACGUGAUAAAACCAUCAUUGCAUUGUUUUAAUUACACAUUUUACGGCAU